AAAGUUAAAAAAAAAUAUUUAAAUUAAAAAUUUAAAAGAAAUUUAAUUGAAUUUAGUGACUUUUCUGUUAAAUGUUAAAGAAUAUUUAAAAAUUUAUUCGUGUCAGUGUGUUAAAAAAGAAACAAACGUGUAACACGUGAGAUACAUUAAAAGGAGGAGAAAAUCAAAUAGUAUUUAGUAUUACGAUUACAUCUUCAAAUACACACAAACAACAAAGGACCAAAAUAAAAAAUAAAAGUGAAGAAGAUUGAUAAGUAAUCACACGCACUCACUCUUACUAGCAUUUAAUAGUAAAUUGCCAAAAGGACUUUAAUGGCAAAAAGGAAAUAAAGCAUAAAAUAUACAAGGAAAACAAUUAACGACAUUGUUUGUCUGUGUGUGUGUGUCGGUAACAGUGUAAGAGCAUAGAAGUGAUUAUAAAAUUCAAAACAACAGCAACAGUCACAGCAGUAGUAACUUCAAUUACUUUUGUAGUAAUUAAAAUAAUUAACACAACACACAUAUUAGCCAAACCACCAACACCAGCAUCCCUCGCCAGAAACAUGUCAGAAAUAGUUGAAUUAAAUGUGGGUGGCGUACACUACACCACCACUAUGGAUUCUUUGCUACAGGAUAAAUCAUCAUUGCUACAUGAACUCUUUAGCAAUAAGGAUGAUUUAAUCAAAGACAGCAAAGGCCGAUAUUUCCUUGAUCGUGAUGGUGUACUCUUUCGCUACAUAUUAGACUAUCUGCGUGACAAAACUUUACAGUUGCCCGAGGGUUUUCGCGAAAAACAGCGCUUACAGAAAGAGGCCGACUACUUUAAACUUCAGGGCAUGUCGGAUUGUUUGCGCAAAGAACGUGAUUCACGUUCACCCGGCUGCAUAACUAUCGGAUAUCGUGGCAGUUUUCAAUUUGGCAAGGACGGUCUGGCCGACGUCAAAUUCCGGAAGCUGUCACGUGUCCUGGUAUGCGGUCGAGUUGCUUUGUGCCGUGAAGUUUUCGGUGAUACCCUCAAUGAGUCACGUGAUCCCGAUCAUGGUGGUCCCGAUCGUUAUACCUCUCGUUUUUUCCUGAAGCACUGUUUCAUCGAACAGGCAUUUGAUAUGUUGCACGAUCAAGGUUUUCGCAUGGCGGGCAGCUGUGGUUCCGGUACAGCGGGUUCAGCAGCAGAACCCAAACCGGGCGUUGAUACCGAAGAGAAUCGAUGGAAUCAUUAUAAUGAGUUUGUCUUUGUCAGAGAGUAAGGAAGCUGGAGUUUAGGCCCUAUUGUUUUUGAAGACAUUAAA